AUGGUAAGGGUAAACAAAUUUAUAAAGUCAAUAUUUUUUAUAUUUACUUUUUCAAUAUUAUUAUUGGAUGUUUUUGGUGAGGAUGAUUUUUAUACAAUUGAAGAAUGUAAAGAUCUUGGAUUUAAUAAAGAUACAUUACGAUGUUCAACAUGUGAUAAAUUAACACAAUUUUCAUUAGAAGAAUUAUAUACAGAUUGUAAGUCAUGUUGUUGGGAGGAAAAAGAUAAAGUUCAUGAAAAAUAUGCAUUUGCUUAUAUUGAGUAUUGUGAAUGUAAUAUUGCUCGUUUUCCUCAAGCACAAGCAUUUAUAAAAUCAGGUAUGGUAAGUGAAUGGGGAAAUCAAUUAAAAGUAAAACAUGUUCGUGGAUCUCUUCCAACUUUAGUUAUGAAAGAUAAAAAAGGAAUGACAAUUAAAUCUUUUAAUAUUGAAAGUUGGGAUACUAAUACUAUUAAAGAAUUUUUGGAUGGUUGGUUAGAAUAA